CUGAUGCUCUACUACUUGCGCUAUGCCAGAUUGAUAUCAUGUGUUUCAGUUGUUCCAGAGCAGCAGGUAACACUCGAAAGUCAGCCUACAUAUCCUCUGGAACACAGAGUUUUCAGCACNAGUGAAUUGCAGAUGUUGAUGAAGAAACGUGAUUCACAGUACAGGAAGAAGAACGCGGUGAUUGUUCGCUCGCUAGUGAUCUCUGGAUUCAACUUGAUAUGCAAUCUGCCAUCUCAUUUGCUCCGAGCUCUGUGGACAUUCGAAUUUGGGCAAGAAUUAAUGUCACAGGAAUGGAUGAAAUACGUUGAAGGUUUGUUCAAAAUUUUGUGCGAUGUUGUAUCUUGCAGUCACAUUUAUUACCUUGUUCGCAUCAAUCCAUAUGAAAGAGAUGAUGGCGAGAUCGGUGGAAAAUAA